CGGCAGCGGCGGGCGGCUGUGGCUGACUGGAGCUCGUGGAGGAGGCGCGGCUUCCACUGCCCCUCCACUUUAACAGCUGUAUGGACGACCACCUCAGCCUCCUCCACUCGCCUCCACCUUUCUCGAGCAAGAUCCGGGGCAACAACCUCGUGAACCACGGCUACACAGAAAGCGACAUUAUGACAAUUGUUGCAUGCGACAACAUGCUUGAGGAGUCGGCGGCACUGCCCGGGCACCACUCUCUGGAGCGCUACGAGCUCGAACAUGAGUGUUGCGAGAGAGUUGUCAUCAACAUCUCGGGCUUAAGGUUCGAGACGCAGCUUAAAACCCUGGCCCAGUUCCCCGAGACUUUACUUGGAGACCCCAAAAAGCGAAUGCGCUACUUUGACCCACUCAGAAACGAAUAUUUCUUUGACAGGAAUCGCCCGAGCUUCGAUGCUAUUUUGUAUUACUACCAGUCAGGGGGUCGUAUUCGGAGACCAGUGAAUGUCCCUAUUGACAUUUUCUCCGAGGAGAUUCGCUUCUAUGAGCUCGGGGAGGAAGCCAUGGAGAAAUUUAGAGAGGACGAGGGCUUCAUAAAAGAGGAAGAGCGCCCUUUGCCCACCAACGAGUUUCAGCGACAGGUGUGGUUGCUGUUUGAGUACCCGGAGAGCUCGGGUCCUGCUAGGGGCAUCGCGAUCGUCUCCGUGCUGGUCAUUUUGAUAUCAAUCGUUAUCUUUUGCCUGGAAACGUUACCCGAGUUUCGGGACGACAUUGACUCGACGACGGUCGCGCCGGUUGUAAACGGAACUAUCUCGUAUCUCACGAGCCCCUUCUCCGACCCGUUCUUUGUGGUCGAGACCCUGUGCAUCAUCUGGUUCUCGUUUGAGCUGCUUGUCCGGUUCUUCGCGUGCCCCAGCAAAGCCACGUUCUCGAAGAACAUCAUGAACAUUAUUGACAUCGUUGCCAUUAUACCCUACUUCAUCACUUUGGGAACCGAGCUCGCAGAGAGGCAAGGCAACGGCCAACAGGCAAUGUCCUUGGCCAUUCUCCGGGUCAUCAGACUGGUCCGCGUGUUCAGGAUUUUCAAACUCUCGCGGCACUCCAAAGGGCUCCAAAUUUUGGGGCAAACGCUCAAAGCCAGUAUGCGCGAGCUGGGCUUGUUGAUUUUUUUUCUGUUCAUCGGGGUUAUUCUCUUCUCCAGCGCUGUCUACUUCGCUGAGGCUGACGAUCCGGACUCAGGCUUUAACAGCAUCCCUGAUGCGUUCUGGUGGGCGGUGGUUACCAUGACGACUGUGGGAUACGGCGACAUGCACCCGGUCACCAUAGGGGGCAAAAUCGUCGGCUCUCUGUGCGCGAUCGCGGGUGUGUUAACUAUCGCUCUGCCCGUGCCUGUCAUCGUGUCAAACUUCAACUACUUUUACCACCGAGAGACUGAGGGAGAGGAGCAGGCGCAGUACCUGCACAUCGGCAGCCUCCAGCCUCUGUCCUCCUCCGAGGAGCUAAAGAAGACGCGCAGCACGUCGUCAGUCAGCAAGUCAGAGUAUAUGGUGAUUGAGGAAGGCAUCAACAGCGCCUUCAAGCAGCCAAACUUCCCCGAUCAGAACAACCAAAACUGCGUAAACAUUAAAAAGAUGUUCACAGACGUGUAGACUUAUGCUAGACCGCUUCAUGACUGUGCAAGUCUGCGUGAUGGCAACGCUGUAGGUUCAUGUCAUGAUGGUGCGAGCGUUACCAUCCAUUUCCACGACGCAGAGGAAUGGGGGUACAUAUUUAACGUGUCAGGUCCAUACACUGUCACCUAUUUGAUUGAACGUUUUACUGUAAGGAUAAAGCCCCUGUUUUCUUUUUGUUUGCAAAUAUAGGCUGUCACAUCAGUAUGGCAAGUCGCUUUAACAUUUGAAGAGUUCAGAAAUCAAAGCCUCUAAUCCCUUCUGAAAUUUUCUUCUGAAUCGAACAUUUUCCUAAGCAUGCUAUGUUUAUUCAGUUAUUUCACCACAAAGGCAAUGAAAAGAACCUGUUAAUCACUAUAAAAGUGAAAUUGGCUGAAUCAACACAGAAGCCUUGGGAAGAAUAAAAAUGCUAAUUUUAGAACAAAAUGUCAGAUGGUAUUUAGAGACUCUUGUAUCUAAUUUAUUAAUGUGUUCCUUAAAACUAGUUGCCUGCUUUUAAUGUAGCACAUAGUAUUUCAUUAUAAGUUUUUUCUUUUUUUUUAAA